UUAUCUUUUUAAAUGAAAAUUUUGACAAGAAAAACGAAAAAGAAAAAAAAAGAAACCAAAAAGCGAAUUUAAACGGCACAAUCGCCCAAAGAAAGAGGCCUCGCUUCGCUCGCUUCUCCUCUCUUUCAUUGUUGGUCACAUCGGAGCGGAUCGCGGUCACAUUUCGGCGGCUCUGACUAUUGUUUCUUCGCCGGAGAUUUUAUCUAACUCAUCGGAGACGAAUGAUUCCUCAGCUUUGUCACGGUUUCUGAGAUUCGCUCUCCUUAUUUGGAUUAUUCUGCUUUGUUUUUUUAAAUUUGAAAUCGCCGUCAAGAGUUAGGAAUACAAGAUGAUAGGAUCCUUUAUAACCAGAGGACUUGUAAUGGUCCUUGGUUAUGCUUAUCCUGCUUAUGAGUGCUACAAAACUGUUGAAAAGAAUAAGCCAGAAAUUGAGCAACUUCUCUUUUGGUGUCAGUACUGGAUUCUGGUGGCAUUUUUGACAGUGUGUGAAAGAGUAGGCGAUGCUUUCAUUUCGUGGGUUCCAAUGUAUUGUGAAGUUAAGUUGUUGUUUUUCAUAUACCUGUGGCACCCUAGAAUGAAGGGGACAACUUAUGUGUAUGAUUCCUUCUUUAGACCAUAUCUUGCAAAGCAUGAGAAUGAUAUUGAUCGGAACUUGGUGGAACUAAGAACCAGGGCGGGAGACAUUGCAGUUUUGUACUGGCAAAGAGCAGCAAGCUAUGGCCAGACAAGAGUUUUUGAUAUAUUGCAAUAUGUUGCUGCACAAUCAACACCACGGCCUCGCCCUCCGGCACAACAGCAGGGCGGUAGGGCUCGCCAACCUCCUCCUCGCCAAAAUUCUGCUCCAAAUCACCAACCUGCUACAGCACCACCAUCACAACCCGAAGAACCAUCAUCUCCCACAUCUAGCACAUCUUCGAGUCAGUACCAAAAGGAGAUAGCAGAAGAGCUUGCUUCUCAGGAAGCGCCUAAAGCUGCCACCCAAGCAGCAAGUUCAAGUACUCAAAACCAAGCGGCAGCUCCCAAUACUAAAAACCAAGCGGCUGCUCCAAAUACUAAAAACCAAACAGCAGGUCCAAAUGGUAAAAACCAAACAGUAGAUCCGAACGCUAAAAGUAAAGCAGCAGAUCCAAAUACUAAAACUAAAGCGACGGCUUCAAAUGCUCAAAAAACUACAGCUGCACCUGAAAAGUCCAUUCAAUCAGUGCAGUCGGCGCCAGCUGAAUUGGAACCAAUGCAACUCGAGGCAGGAGCUUCUUCUUCAGAAACCGAAAAUGGUGACCCUCCAAAAGAGACAGUCAUGGAAGAUGCCAUUCGGCUCACACGGGGUAGGUUGCGGAAAAAUCGAUCUACUGAGGCCCGUUGAAAGAGGUUGUGUUCCCCAUAUUUUAGUUUGCAAAAGCUUUUAUUUGACAUUAGGUGGUUGAUGGUUGUGGAAUUGUUGGUGUAGACGUUGCUGUAAAUCUGUUAUCUAGUUUUGAUUUAUUUGUUGCUUUAUUUUUUGCA